CAGUUUUGCAAGUCUCACUCUCUCUCUCUCUCUCUCUCUGACUGUUAGGUUUGCUUUUGUUGUUGGUUUUUUGGCUGAUCUUGAGAAGUAUUUAUUAUGAGUUUCUGGUUGGUUUGCUUUUGUUGCUGGUUUUUAGCUGAUAUUGAGAAGAAGUAUUUAUUGUGAGUUUCUGGUUGGUUUGCUGGUCGUGUGGUGGUUGUCUUACAAAUUCUCUGGCUCUGUAAUUUUUUCGGCGUUCAGGUAACGCUAAGCUAAACUUGUUUGCUUGCUUCGACUACAUUCCAUAUCUGUUUUGUUCAGCAGCAGUAGAUUGCCAAAUGGCAUUGAGCACCCAAAGAGACUCUGCCUUUCUUCCUUCACCUCAUCAGUCUGCUCCUCAACCGAACCACGAUGUGUUUUUGAGUUUCAGGGGUGAGGACACUCGACAUAGCUUUGUAUCCCAUUUAUACCACGAAUUGCAGCUCAGGGGCAUUAAAACAUUCAAGGACGAUCCUAAGCUUGAAAGAGGGACACCUAUUUCUUCAGAGCUCUUCAAUGCAAUCGAAGAAUCAAGGCUUGCAAUCGUUGUUCUUUCGCCAAAUUAUGCAUCUUCUUCCUGGUGCUUGAAUGAACUUACAAAGAUUCUACAAUGCAUGAAAUCCAUAGGCACAAUUCUGCCAGUGUUUUAUAACGUGGAUCCCUCCGUUGUGAGAAAACAAAGCGGCAGUUUUGCCGACGCCUUCGCUGAGCAUGAGAAAAGGUUUAGGGAAGACAUCGAUAAGGUGAAGCGCUGGAGAGAUGCUUUAACAGAAGUAGCCAAUUUAUCUGGGAUAGAUUCAAAGAAGGAGUGUGAAAGAAAGCUUAUUGAAAAGAUUGUUGAAUGGGUGUGGAGUAAAAUGCAUCGCACAUUCAAAUUGUUAGAUUCCACAGAGUUAGUGGGAAUUAAGUUUACACUUGAGCACAAAGAUUGGCUAUUAGCUCCUACGGAUGAUGUUCGCUUUAUAGGGAUAUGGGGAAUGGGCGGCAUUGGCAAGACGACCAUUGCUAAGCUAGUUUAUGAGAGCAUUUCUAUUCAUUUUGAAGUUAGCUGCUUUCUUGCUAAUGUUAGAGAGGUUUCUGAACAUGGGAAUCUUGUUAAUCUACAAAGACAGCUUCUUUUCCCGAUCUUGAAGGAACAAAUUACUCAAGUUUGGGAUGAACUGUGGGGGACCUAUUUCAUUAAGAAUUGCUUAUCUAAUAAAAAGGUUCUUCUCAUUCUUGAUGAUGUGAGUGAAUCAAGCCAACUUGAAAAGUUGGCUGGUGAAAAGGAUUGGUUUGGUAAGGGGAGUAUAAUCAUAAUUACAACAAGAGAUGAACGGUUGCUAGUUAAGCAUGAUAUGCAGGUAUCAUAUAAGGUAGAGGGAUUAGGUGAUGAUGAUGCUCUUGAGCUCUUUAGUCGGAAUGCCUUUAAAAAAAAUGAGCCUGAGGAAGGUUUCUUGGAAUUGUCCAAGGGUUUUGCAAAUUAUGCCAAAGGCCUUCCACUAGCUCUUAAACUUUUGGGAUGCUUAGUGUAUAAAAGAGAUCAAGAUGAAUGGAAAAGUGAAUUGGAUAAGCUGCGGAAAAUCCCUAAAUCUGAAAUUUUUGAUUUGCUCAAACUAAGUUACGAUGGACUGGAUGAGAUGAACAAGAAUAUAUUUCUUGAUGUUGCAUUUUUUCAUAAGUGGAAGGGCAAGGAGGAAGUAAUUGAAAUACUAGACAGUUGUGGCCUAUGUGGUCGUAUUGGGAUAAAUGCUCUCGUUCAGAAAUCACUCUUAACUAUAUCAAAUAGGAAUGUUGAGAUGCAUGAUUUGAUACAGGAAAUGGCAUUGGAAAUUGUUCGUCGAGAGUGUCCUGAAGAGCCUGGUAGACGAAGUCGAUUGUGCAAUCAUGAUGAUAUCUCUUAUGUAUUCAUAAACAAUACGGCAACGGACAAAAUUAAAGGCAUCAGAUUACACAUGGCGACACUUGAAAAGGCAUAUUGGAAUUGUGAAGCCCUUUCUAAGAUGCUUAACUUGGAAUUUCUUGAAUUUGAUAAUGUGAUUAUUUCUUCAAGUCCUAGAAUUCUUCCUAAUUCUUUAAGAAGUAUCAAAUGGAGUCAGUAUCCUUCCAAAUUUCUCCCAUCAGGUUUUCAACCGAAUUUCCUAAUUGCACUUGAGAUGAGGUACAGCAAACUUAUUCGGCUUUGGGGUGGAAGAAAGGACUUGCCCAACUUGAAAAUAAUGAACCUUUUUGGCUCUGAAAACUUGACCACAACCCCAGAUUUGUCUGGCAUUCCGAAUCUUCAAGUGUUGGAUUUUCAAUUGUGUAAGAAUUUGGUUGAGAUUCACCCAUCAAUUGCAGAUCUCAAAUGUCUUAAAAGGUUGUAUCUUGGCUUUUGCUCAAAAUUGAAAAAGACUCCUGAAUUUUCAGAACAAAUGAAAAAUAUGUUAUCACUUAGCUUAACUAAGACGUCCAUUGAGAAAUUAUCUUCAUCAAUAGGAUGUCUGGUUGGCCUUACUGAUUUCUUUCUAGUGGAUUGCAAAAAUCUCGCGAGUCUUCCGAAUGAAAUUUGUAAUUUGAAGUCUCUUAAAGAAUUAAAUGUGGAUGGAUGCUCAAAAAUUGACAAACUCCCAGAGAACAUGGGGGAGAUGGAGUCUCUUACAAAGCUUCAAUUGUGUGGAACUUCUAUAAGACAGCUGCCAAGCUCCGUUUGUGGUUUGAAAAAACUUUACCGUCUAUCCUUACGUGGAAGUGGAUCACAGCCUAAUAAAUCAAGGUUUUGGUGGGGCCUUCCCCGCUUAUAUCAAAGAAAUGCUAUUGUGUUGGGCUCGCUUGAUGGUUUAUGCUCUUUGGGGAAAUUAGAUCUGAGUGAUUGUGGACUUUGUGAAGGGGAUCUUCCCAAUGAUAUUGGCUGCUUGUCCUAUUUAGAACAAUUAAAACUUAGUGGAAACAAUUUUGUUAGCCUUCCUGCCAGCAUUGGAUGUCUUUCUAAGCUUAAGUUAUUUUGGGUGAAUGGGUGCCAAAAGCUUCAACAAUUACCAGAUCUUUCUAAGCUUAUCUCAUUAGUGGAUAUAGACAUGACCGGUUGCACUUCCUUAAAAAUGUUACCACAACUUUUGUCAAAUUGCUCAUUAGUGGAUAUAAACAACAACAUACAUUUUCCUAGUUUUAGUUGUGCCAAUUGCUUUGUAUUGGUUGACAAUGAAGGCUGCGAUAGUAUACUAAUGAAAAUGCUACAGCGAUACCUUCAGCUAAUCCCUAGGCCUUGUUUCGAGUACCCAUUCGAAAUUGUAACUCCUGGAAGGGAAAUUCCAGAGUGGUUCAGUAAUCAAAGUUUGGGAGAUUCCCUAACUGUGGAGCUACCUCUGGAUUCAUGUACCACGUGGAUGGGAAUUGCUUUAUGUGCUGUGUUUGAAGUUCAGGAUGAUCUUUCUGAAUUUCAUUAUUUUCAAAUUAGCUGUUCCCUACAAGGAAUGCAGCCAUUUGGAUUUUCAAGAUGUUUUAAAAUACGCGAUGUUGUGUCAGAUCACCUUUGGGUAAUUUAUAUAUCUCGUGAAAAAUUUGUGAAGAAAUGCGGUCAGAUAAAGGUUUUGUCAACAACUUAUUAUUCUAAAGAGGAAAUGUGGAGACCCGAAAAAUCUUGCAUGAGUGUGAAGAAGUGUGCGUUUCGUUUGGUGCACGAGCAAGAUGUGGAACAACUCAACCAGAUCAUGAGGAACAAAUCCAUCAUCAAGAGCACUACUAGUUGUCCUACCAAAUCAGCUGAUGCACAAGGGCAACAAUGCCACGAUGACGAGGAGGCUAGUCCUAGUGGAAGUGGUAGCUCUCACCAAAAAAUCUCUCUUCUGCAAUCCUAUGCUCUUUCCGAAGAGGCAGACCAAGAUGAAUUAAAUGAUGAUGAUGAUGAUGUUGUUGACGAAGCUCGACCCAGAAAAAGAAAAAAGAUCGAUGUGUUUGGGACUGACCUAUGAUUCGUCACUUUCAAAGCAAGAGGCAUCACAGCUGCAUCAUUUCAAUUCAAUGUCAGUUGCUGCUUUUGCUGAUUCUACUUUUCUUUUUUUUGGAUUUGACGUACUAUUGUUUUGUUCCACUGCUUGUGCUUCAUUCUUUUGGCCUUAUGUUGCUCUAAGUUUUGUUUUUCA